GGGGUGUACCCGAGGGCGGGAGGCUGGACCGGGACCGCUCUAAAUUGGCUGGAGAGGGGGCCCCGUCGGCGGCGAAGUUGCUAGCUGGGGGCAGAGACGGCCACGCGGUUGCAGGAGUAAGACAUCCCCCUCUCGUGGAAUUGGCCAACGGUUCCUUUCAACCCUGCCUCGUUGGUGGCCACUGGAGAAGCGCAGGGGGCUCCCCAGACAGCCCUGGGGACCAGUUAGAGCCAGCACUUUACCCCGGGCCUCGCGUGUAGCUUUCCCUCCCCUGUUCUAGGUGCCCCAGUGUUCAGAGGGGGGGGGUGCGGGUGUGCCCUCCUUACAUGUUCCACCGCCCGGGCAACCCUUCGGUCUCGUGUUCCAUCUCGCUCUUGCUUCCUGUACCUUAGUCAAGUGGAGCCGCUUUACAUCAUGUCCCGGUAUAGUUACCAAAGUCUCCUGGACUGGCUCUAUGGGGGUGUCGACCCCAGUUUUGCAGGCAAUGGGGGCCCCGACUGUGCUGCCUUCCUGUCUUGGCAGCAGCGGCUGCUGGAAAGUGUGGUGGUCCUGACCCUGGCCCUGUUGGAGAUCCUGGUGGCCCUGCGGCACAUCCUGAGGCAGACGGAGGACGGUAGGGGUGGCCGUGGCAGCCAGCCACAGCAGGUGACCCAGCGGCCAGAGGAAGGCAAGGAGAGCCUGAGCAAGAAUCUGCUCUUAGUAGCCCUGUGCCUGAUCUUCGGGGUGGAGGUGGGCUUUAAGUUCGCCACCAAGACCGUCAUCUACCUGCUCAACCCUUGUCACCUGGUCACCAUGAUGCAUAUCUUCCUCCUGGCCUGCCCUCCAUGUCCAGGAGCUGCCGUCAUCUUCAAGUUACAGAUGCACAUGUUGAAUGGAGCUCUUCUGGCAUUGCUGUUUCCUGUCGUAAAUACCCGGCUGCUCCCCUUUGAACUGGAGAUUUACUACAUCCAGCAUGUGAUGCUCUACGUGGUUCCCAUAUACCUGCUUUGGAAAGGAGGUGCUUACACCCCAGAGCCCCUCAGCAGUUUCCGGUGGGCUCUGCUCUCGACGGGCCUCAUGUUCUUUUAUCACUUCAGCGUCCUGCAGAUCCUCGGCCUGGUCACCGAAGUGAAUUUGAACAACAUGCUGUGUCCGGCCAUCUCAGACCCAUUCUACGGCCCCUGGUAUCGCAUCUGGGCCUCGGGACACCAGACUCUCAUGACCAUGACCCACGGGAAGCUGGUCAUCCUGUUCUCAUACAUGGCUGGGCCCUUGUGUAAAUAUCUGCUGGAUUUGCUCCGGCUUCCAGCCAAGAAAAUAGACUGAAGGUGCUUGGAGUUUUGUUUUGUUUUCUUUUGUUUGUUUUUUUGUUUCUGUUUUGUUUCUCCCUGAGGAAGCAAGUCAGAGAAUACCCAGUUCUUGGCAAAACUCAUUGGAGAGGGCGAUAGGAUGCUUGGUAUAUUCCCGUUUUUCCUCCUCUCUGUCCCUUUCUUCCACUCCUCUUCCCCCCCCACAGCUCUUUGUGGAUGGGUGGCUCUUUGUGCCCAGGGAUAGUGCUGGGGGCUGGAGCUUACUUCCUGGGCUCUGGGUCCCUGCUGUUCCCCCGCUCCUUCUGCGUGCCCUUACCCAGGGAAAUAGUAGUUAGUGACCCCCUUCCCGCUGCUGUUGGUGCUUUUGACAACAGCUAGUUGAAGAGGCAGCGAGCAACAAGCAGCGAUGAAUUAGUGUAGGGUUCAAGCCUCUACUGCCAGCGACCUCCAGGCUCAUGCUGGGACCCCCUUUUAUCUCCAGCAUCGCCCCCAUCAGAAGGGGACCAAGACCUUGUUUCCAUACCAGCUGCAAGCUCAGAGGCAAGGGACUUCCCAGAUCACAGCCAAAAUAGAUUCUCCCAGUGACGGGUGUCCCGUGACUCAAAGCAGGGAGCUACCCAGCCACUCCUUGUCGGGUGCUGCCUGGGGUGGAAAGUGAUAGCAAUGUGCAGCCAAGGGCAAGAUUCUGUAGAGGGGGGUUGGAGGUGUGUUGCCAGGUUUAAUCUCUAGUAAAGGGGGCUGAGGUGUGUACAGUACCAGGCAGGACAGCCCAGCCCAGCCCCCUCCCCAAAAAAAAGACCUUCCCUAUGAAAUCUGAGAACAGACCCACUUCCCACUCCCAAGUGACCUUAGAGAUGAAGAAAUCAACUCAGUUGAGUGGCAACUUGAAAAAGCUGUGAUCUGAAUCAUGCUCUGUGUCGUGUGGAUAACAGGCAAUGAUCUAGUCUCAGCCGCCCCUCGAACCAUCCUCAUUGUCUAUGUGUGUGUCUCUCUGUUCCUCUUUGUCUGAGGCAGCUUCAUGGAAGAGGGGGAGCUGGGCUUGGGGCUUGGGUGCUCUUUGGCUGUUUGUAUUUUGGAUGUUUGAAACAGGGGAACCCUUGCAUUUCCCGCAGUGCUCUGGAGCCAUUCUGGGCACUUAGAGGGUAUGCUCACAGUUCCCGAAGGUGGUUUCUUUAGGGUUAGAUUUCUUUCAUGUAUGACGACGUCCAAAGCCCAUGUGUAGGUCGAAAGGGAGCUGCCAUUAGAUCAGAUCCCCGUAGGUAGAGGUUCAAGUGUCCGGAAGGGAGGAGCUUUGCUUUAAAGGUACUUUGUCAUGUGUGGACCACAAGGGCGCCUGUGUCUGUGCAUUUGCUGACUCCUGGUAGGGGGAAGUUUGCUUAAGAAUAGAAAAGCUUGUACCAUGACCACCCCAUUGCCCUGUUCCAGUUGCAGUAUUCAAUGUGAGUUUUGUGGGUACUGGGCCUAACCUGAGCUUCAGGGACUUGCAGAGGAAGCAGCAGCAGGAGAGUCUCCCAGAGAAUCUGGGAAGCAUCUCUGGGAGGGCUUACUUGACCGUGAGGUGAUCAGCUCUGAGGUACAGAGAGCUCCUGCCAUGGCUCUUCCUCCUCUCAGCCUCUAGAAGUGCUUCUUCAGUUGCUUAUUCGCCCCGCUCCCUCAGAGAAGUGGAUGGAGGAAUCGAAUGUGUGAGAGCCUCCAUGGCCCUGAGCCUCUCUAUUAGAGAAUGUGGAAAGAGGUCAGUGGAGGGGAGCCCACGAGGCCUGCCAUGGCACGAGCUCUGCCGCAGCAUGGAGCUGCUACCUGCAGCGAUGUAGGACUUCAGCUGAGGGAGCCAUCUCCAGAAUGUUAUAGGGCUGGGAGAGCCACACAAGCUUUCUUCCCCACCCGAGGCGCCAUGGCCCACAUCGCCAGGCAUCUUGGGCUUUGCCUGCAUUGGCAUGACUCCAGUGGCUUGCCUCUGAUUUGGCACCAGCUCAACAGACCCAUUUCUGGUAGGCAUUUUCUGUUGCAGAAAGAGAGGAAGAAAUUCAAAGCCAUGUUGCCUGAGUCACGCACACCUGUCAGAAGGAGGAAGUAAAGGGGAGAUGCAGGGGGCCUAGGUUGGCUCAUAUGUAAAGAAGUUAAACAGUUUGUGGCUCCUUCAGCAGAUUCCAUAGGGAGCCUUGGCCUGGGUUUGGGGCGUUGGGGAACAGGGGGCCUUUUCAUUGUAUCUCUCUUACCUUGGUCCAAACCAGUAUGGCAAGAGGUAUAGGCUCUAAGCACUUUGACUUGGGAGUUGCCCCCAGGUUUGUUCAAGAACCCACCCUCUACUGUCUGAGGUACCAGGGACAAAAGAGAAGAUAGCUUGUACUGAAUCCGCAGCUCGUCCUCAGGCCUUUCUUGUUCCUAUGAAGGUUGUCCCCUAACUACCUUGGCCAAAGUCUACCAGUACAUGUGAGUUGUGUGCCUGUGUGACAGUACUCAGAGGUGGCCAGUUUCUUUUAGAUAAUCCCAGCAAGAGGGAACAGAGCAUCCUCAAGCCCUCAGCACCCAUGGUCAAGGGGCUGUACCAACAAGAACAAUUGGUUAAAGUGGACAAUUUGUGGCAGCCACUCUGAGUAACAGAGGUUGUCUUCCCCUGCUUUGAGGCCCUUCCCACUCCUGGUAUUGGGUUUUGUAUAUAUAUCACUUGGCCCAACAUCCUCUGUGAAGCCUGGCAGCAAGUGCUUCUGUCAUCCUGUGACAUGCUGUGGGGUCCUGGAGUCACCACCUUCACCUCUCUAAGUCUGUCACCUGUCUUUCUGUGACUUCUUUGUACCUGUGGUUUACAGGGUCUAAGUGGGCUAAGCGGAGCCGGCUGUGCACUUUAUUCUGUGGCUCUUCCAAGUUCCUGUCAAGUCCCUUUGCUGUAGCCUCCGUCGGCCUUUGCUGUGUGUGAUCUUGGACAACUCAGUGUCUUGUGACGUAAUUCAAGCUUCUCACAGUUAGCUCAGCAGCAGCACAGAGGAACUGGGGUUAGGUAACGCUCUGAGUUGGGUUGAGCUGGGUGUUCAGGCGAUGGCAAGGAUCCUUUUAGCCCUCCUGCUGCCAAACAGACUUCCCUGGAAUUCUGUCCCCUGUCGUCCUUGGGAGAGGAGUUUCUUAAUGGUUUCUACUGUAAGGGAGGCUUGGGGUGGGGAGAAAAAGGGGCUUCCUGACACUGUAGGACAAGACACAGCUGUUGGUUUUAGGGAGCCAGGACCAGGCCUCACAGGGAACUUGGGAAGAUGCAAGACGGGGAAGGAGUGUCCUAUCUCCUCCUGGACUUGCCUUCUCUUAGUGGGAGUCCAUCCGCAGGAAGACCAAGGUACUUGCCGUUGCCCUUGUCUGAAACACUUUUGUACCCUGUUGCCACCCAUGGCACCAAGCAGAUCCCCACCCCCACUCAAUGAUAAAGCAAAAGCAAAAGUCAUUUUGUAAGCAGAAACAAUGCUUCAGAAACUCUUGAUUUGUUUUGGCGUCCAUGUUAAGAUUUGAAAGCAAUCUUCAUUUAUUUGACGUAAUCGUGGUGAGGAGAACAGGAUUGAAUGGUGUACAAUUAUUUCUUCUGGGACAUUAGUGAAUGCCUCUUCCUCCAUCCUUCUCAAGCCGAGACUGCCAUGUACUGUCACCCUCUUGUGCAAGACUCCCCUGAGAGCCAACCCCUGAACGCCCUAGAUGGCAGCAAGAUGGAGCCUCUUCGCCAGGCUGCUUCUGGGGCGUUCUUUACUCCCCCACCUCCAGUCUACCUCCCGUCUUUGGGUGUUUUUGUAAUGUGUUUUCCCUGUUUUGUAAAACCCCUUUGAUUGUACUGAAGUGGUUUCUGCAGCCACCUUUGAAAUAAAUAAAUGGUCCUUAAUUUGUGUACUUAGCAUUUUGAAUCUUAGCCUCAGGUGUUUGUGCUGUUGAAGAUCCCUGGAUGAAAAGGAACCCUCCCCAUGGAACUUAUUGUUACAAUGUUUUCUUCAUUUACUGUUAUUAAAAGAUUUAUGAGAA